CCGUUCUCCUGCGACAAGUCGCAACGUUCUACUUCUACCCAACUGUCGUAUAGCGGGCUCUCAGCACCCGGCCGCAGCUACGACUAAACCCAGACAACUAAUCGCUGAACUUGUCCAUCGUGCAGGAAGUCGAUCUAGCUAAGAGUGGCCCCCUUCCUAGACCGAUCAUACUGACAGUCAUGGCCGCUGUCAGCGAGAUAACCGAGCGAACGGGUCAAAUUGCCAUAGAUCCUUCGUCCCAGGCUCCGGCAACGAAGCCUAUUACGGGAUUCUCGGGCCCCUUCAAGACUCGACUGGACCAGAUAUACCAAUCAUUGACUACGGAAAGCUCGAAUUUCAGUAGGGACAUCCAACGCGAUGAUCAAGACCCGAAGGACAACAACCCACUCAGCUCUCUAGCGGCGUUUCACGCCUACAUGGCUAGUCCUUCCGCAUCUGCGUUACGUCCUGCCGGCCCGCCAGAUGACUCUGCACCGAUUACAGAUUAUUUUAUCUCCUCGAGCCAUAACACAUACUUGACAGGGAAUCAACUGUACAGUGAUGCGGCGGCGAAAGCUUAUACCGAUGUACUUCUAGGUGGAUGCAGAUGUGUUGAAAUUGACCCCAAGGUGCUCCAUGGCCACACGCUUACGAAGGGAACUACAUUCCGAGAAGUGUGUUACGCGAUCCGCGAUAGUGCGUUCAUCGUCAGCGACCUGCCUGUUAUUGUGAGUCUGGAAGUACAUGCGUCACUCGAGCAGCAAGAGACCAUGGUGGAGAUCAUGGAGGAUGCUUUUGAUGGGAUGCUCAUUCAAGUCACACCGGAGAUGGAGGCCAUGGAGACGCCACCACCGCUUAGGGAUUUGAAACGAAAGAUCUUGGUAAAGGUCAAAUGGGUCUCGCCCUCGGCUGAAAACGCCGAGGAUGUAGAUGACCGUACAGACGACCUGGAGCAGCUGGCCCCAACCAAAUCAGCCGGUGCAUCAUCCCAGUCCGCCUCACAAGCAGCCCAGAAACCGUCGAAGAUCCUCCAUUCUCUUAGCAGACAUGCGAUCUUCACCAAGGGCUUUAGUUUCAAGCAGUUCAGCCAACCCGAGGCCAAAGUUCCCGGCCACGUGUUCUCUCUCUCCGAGCGAGCUGCCCGCCAAGCCGACGAGAAAUACGGCAAGGAGCUAUUUGAGCACAACCGCAAGUAUUUUAUGCGCGUUUAUCCCUAUGGUCUCCGCGUUAACUCCUCCAAUCUCGAUCCUACCUUCUUCUGGCGCCGCGGUGCCCAAAUCGUAGCCCUGAACUGGCAGAACUCCGACAAAGGCAUGAUGCUAAACCAGGGAAUGUUUGCAGGCGAACAGGGUUGGAUCCUCAAACCCCAGGGCUAUCGAAGCACGGAACCAGAGUCUGCGCCUAUUCCUCGUCGGACUGUCGACCUCUCAAUUGAGGUUCUAGCAGGUCAGGACCUCACACUACCACCGGGAGACAAGAACGAGAAGGGAUUCCGCCCUUAUGUGGCUUGUUAUGUGCAUGUGGAGACACCGGAGGAUGCGGCGAACCCUGGGCUCAAGGGCGAUGACAGCACGGAUUCUGAGAAGACGAGCUACAAGCGCGUCACUAAGGCCGGGGAGGGCGUCAACCCGGAUUUCGGAUCACAGAUUCUGCAGUUCCCGACGCUGCCUGGUGUAGUGGAAGAGCUGACGUUUGUCAGAUUCAAGGUUAAGGAUGACGAAAUCGGAUUCGACUCGUUGGCUUCAUGGGCCUGCAUUAGACUGACCCGUUUGCAGGAGGGAUACCGUGUACUCCGUCUGUAUAAGUGUGAUGGAUCUGACUCAGGUGGUUUCCUCCUUGUCCGGAUCACAAAGAACAUCUCAUGAGUGUGUAUGAGUGAGGGAGCAGCCCUUAAAGUAGCGGCAUUCAAUCAGCCACAACAAGAUGAUACACAGCAUUCUUGAGGCUGGAGGGUGCACAUAGUUAUUUCUCGAUGUUCAAGCCAUGAGGAUAGUGCUCUCUUAGGGACUUU